AAUGCUUGUAUAAUUUACUUGUACCUUAAUCGAUUUGAAUUAGUUGGAAUUUUCUUAGAAGGUAAAAUCAUGCAUCCGGCACACCUAAAAAUUUUCUGUUUUGUGUUAGGAACACAAUCCUUUCUAAUUCAAGCCUUUUACUAUGGGAAGUCGACUGACAUAUCAAUGCCUGCAGCCAAAGCCCAGUGCGAGUCUAUGGGAAUGAGGCUGGCAGUGUUCCACACACAGGCAGAUUGGGAAGCAGCAAAGUCGUUUCUAAAUGCUUAUAAUUCCCUUUAUGGAAAAGACAAAAACGUUUGGAUAGGCAUAGAGAGAGACGUAAACAAGCCCACGAUGGUGUAUAAAUGGAUGGAUGGCACUACUCUCUCCUGGGGAUCAUUUUACAAUACACCCUGGAAAGACUCUUCAACUCCUUCGGAUGAUGUCACCAAGGCCUGCGUUGAAAUGGAGUGGGGAACAGGGUUAUUGUGGAAACAUCAUGAUUGUAGUAGUACAGAGGACUUCUUGUGCGAAGGUUUUUACCUAAAUCCUGGAGUUACAGGUAGCUGGAGUGCAGGUAAAUCAGCAUGUGAGGGAAUGGGGAUGCAGCUUGCCUCCUUAAAAUCUGCUGCUCUCCACGAAGCUGCCAUCAAGUACAUUAAUGUACAGCAAAGUUCGGGGACUGUAAGAGAUGUGUGGUUUGGUCUGAAACUCUCCGGGGGUCAGUACUACUUUGAAGACGGAACAGCAACGACUUCUGGAGUUUUUGGGAGCGUCCACAAUAAUUAUCCAUGGAUAUCGUAUGAGCCAAACAACCCUGGUUCUGAUUAUUGUAUUCGUUUACAACAUACUGGUUCGGGAGUGUUUGAGUGGGCAGACAAAUCUUGUAGUCUCAGCUAUAACUAUCUAUGUCAAGCACAUUUCUCCCCAACAACAACGCCGAUACCACCGACAACCACAACUACCACAACAACAACAACCACAACUACAACCACAACUACCACCACAACACCUGUUCCAACCACCACUACCACCACAAUCCCAGAGACCACCACUAAACCGUGGUGGUUUGUGGAGUACAACGAAGACGGAAAGGCCAUUGGAAAAAAUGGCAAGACAUUUGACAAAUCAAAUCCACCUGCAAGGUUUGGAGUCAUCGGUCUAAUCAUUGGGUUCUGUACCUUUGGGUUUGUGACUGUUAUGAUCUGCAUGCUGUGGUUCUGUUGCAUCAGAAGCAGAGACGAUUACCGCAACGUAGAGGAGGAGGAGGAAGAAGAAGAACCCAAAAAGAAUGUAUUUAGCGGUAUUACUGAUAAACCACACGGAAUACAGUACAUUGCCUAGAAAACAAUUGAAUUUUUAGAGGAUACAUAAUGGAAGUAGAAAUAAACACUUCAAUGCA